AUGCUCGUCAAAUUCCCGAUUGCCCUGCUCGCUGUCAGCAGCGGAGCUAUGGCCUACAAGAACAACUGUCAAGGAUCUACCAACUCGCCCGAGGUCGCCGAGUGCUACGUUGGCAUCGGCAACAUCGACGCAAGCGCAACCUACAGCUACAACCAAGAAUUCUCCCACAAAAGCUGCUACAUCAAGUACGCAACGAAUGAUGGGAAUGUGGCACACCCUGUGUCCGGUCAGAAAAUCAAAGAUGUAGCUUCGUCCAUCGUAGCUAACUGCGGACAUCACAAGGGGAGCUACGGGACGGAGAACUGUGAUGGUUGCCACGUCACGGUCAACUAUCGGAAGUCGAUUUGA